UUAAAAAAUUAGGCAAGUUAUAAUUUAAAGUAAUUUUUGUGUUUGUAUUUAUCACAUUAAAUUAUAACCAAACUGUUAUUCUAUAGACUUAAAUCAAUGUUAGGACAUUUCAGUGCCUUAGUUAUUUAAGAAAAUUAAACUAAACCGUUAAUAGUAAUUGUCAAAAAUUACCAAUUGUCUUACUUUAAUAUUUAUCUGACAAUGACUGGUUUUUACUACUUUGUAAUUGUCGGACAUGGUGAUAAUCCUAUAUUUGAAAUGGAAUUCAUGUCCAGUAAAGAAGUUAAAAAAGAAGAUCAUAGUCAUUUAAAUCAGUUUAUAGCUCAUGCUGCUUUGGACCUAAUUGAUGAGCUUAUGUGGAAAUCUACUUCAAUGUAUUUGAAGAGUGUAGAUCGCUUUAACCAUUGGACAGUAUCAGCUUUUGUUACUGCUAGUCGGAUGAGAUUUAUUAUGGUUCAUGAUUCAAAAAAUGAUGAGGGUAUAAAAAAUUUCUUCACUGAAGUUUAUGAAAUGUUUAUAAAGUAUGUAAUGAACCCAUUCUACAAGUUAAACAUGCCAAUUAAGUGUGGAUCAUUUGACAAAAAAGUACAAUUCUAUGGUCGUAAAUAUUUAGUUAGUUAAUGUUAAAAUAUUAUAUAAUAUAUAUUUUGAUUUAUUGUGAUCUUUA